AUGGAAGUUGGGAAGGAACUGAUAGAGGAGAUCAUUCCGAAGGCGGUAUUUUUCCACAUGGGGAAUUCCGUGGAGACGAUGUUGCACAAUGGAUACGGCAGCAUGGAUGACAAGGAGGAGGAAGAAAAAGGAAACGGUCAUCUGAAGCCAGGCGGCCGUGGAAGAGGCCGAUUGAGCUCAAAGGCGGAGGUGUGCAAGAAGCAGUAG